UCCGCAUCACGUGGUAUCACCAAGGAGGACGUCCACGACGCCCGGAAGGAAGAUGGCGUCCGCUUUGGCGUCGCGUCGGAAGUAAAAGGAAACGGCCUCAGGGACAUUCUAUUUUUUGUUGCAGUUAGUUGGCGCCAACAAGGACUGGAAAGGGAAAAAAAAGGCUGGCAUUUGGCUCAGCUGGUUGCGGAGACGAAAUGGACAGCUUUGUUGAAGGCUUGGAAGAUGAGGAAGGGCAAGAGUCCCCAGAAGAAGAAACAGAUAAUAUCUCUGCGCUGAGAGCAACAGAUGUUCCAGUUGCAGAACUCUAUUUACCUUCCCUCCCAAAGAAUUAUCACAGCCCAACAAUGAUGGGUUUGGAGCCUUCAGAAUUUCAUAAGUCAAAAGAUGACUGCUUACGGUGCAUCCAUGAUGCCCUCUUACAGUCUCAGUGGCAGAGGGCUGCAGAAUUAAUGGUGAGCUAUCUAGAGAUGUUGGAAAGCACUAAUUGGGCCCGACAGCGAGAAGCAUCUGAGGAGAUCUGGAGAAUAGGAACUGAAAUUUUGCAGCAGCAUCCACAGAGUACUGUAGAGGAGGCCAGUCACUUUGCAGAUCGGAUGAAAAAUUUAGGAGUCAUAAAAUAUUUAAAGGUUUCUUUGGAACAUGCCUUCCAUCUUUUGUGCAAUGGUUUUCUGGAGGAAGCCUAUCGGGACUUAUCUCUGGCAGAAAGCUGGCGCUAUGGAGAACUCACAGUUGCCCAGGAAAAAGAACGGAAACUAAUUCAAGGCUAUAGAGGACUGUUGGAUUAUUAUAAGUGGUUAAAGAAGAGGACAGAAAUGUUGGAGCUUGAUGAAGACAGCUAUGCGAGAACUUCUGUUCAGCAGGAAAUGUACAGACUGUACCAGCAGGCUAAAGGCUGCCUUAAAGAGAUAAUUAAAAUCCCUGGAGUUUGGGAUCCAUUUGUGACCUGUUACAUAGAUAUGCUGGAACAUUAUGAAAAGUUUGAAGAAGCAAGAGAAACAUUAAAUGAGUAUGCAUAUAAUUCCAAAUUUCCUUCUAACCCCAAUGCUCAUGUCCUCUUCUAUCAGUUUCUUAAGAGAAGGGGUGAGCCAAAGAAGGCACAGAUCUCUGCCCUCCAGAUUUUGCAUGAGCUUGUUCCUUCUCAUGAAUUAAUGUUGGAAUUUUAUACCAUACUUAGCAAGUCAGACAAAAAUAAACACCACAGGCAGUGCCUGACAGUAAUUUUUUCAGUCUUGGACUUUGCUGGAUGGAAAGAAAAUGUAAAAGCAUGGCACUGUUUGGCAAAACAGAUUGUGAAAAUUCUGCAAAACCCUGACAAGCAGCUUCACUGGCUCAGAAAGGAAUGGAGUUCCAGAAAGGACUGGUGGCCAGCUUUCCAUUUCAGCCUUCAUUUGGCAAAACGGAACUGGCAGGAAAAUGAGGCUCUAGUGUAUGAAAAAGCAUUGGUGGAUGGAAUUCUGCUAGGAACAGAUUCCAAAUAUUCAAAGUACAUAAUUCAACAGAGCCAUAAAGCGAAGAAGAGGAAUAUCAAACCACUGAAGAAAUUUGUGAAAGAACACAGCUGGGUCAGUUUGAGAUUGUCUGAUGUUUGAUGUUUGAGAUUGCCAAGUGUUUUUUUAAAAUAU